AUGUUUUCGAAUCCUUUUUUCAAAAAUAGCGGAGCUUCUAGUCCAAAGAAUAAUAUGCAAUCAACACAAUAGAGACCAUCGGUAUAGGAUAUCAUGAAUAAAUACAAAUAUAAUCCUUCAGAAAGAGUAUCUCAUGUUGAUGAAUAAAUAUUAGGGAGUCUUAACGAAUCCUCAAAUUUUUUAAAUGAACAAUCAAGACAUGACAAGAUGUUUCUAAAUCCAAUCUCACCAUAGUUUGAUUUAGAUCCACAACCAAAAAAAGAUGCUGUUGCUCGGUUGACCUUUGGAGAAGAGAACAAGAAAUUUGAAUCGCAGAAAUUACAAAAUUAGAGAUUGCUCAAUGAGAAUGAUCUAUUUGAUGACAUGUCUCACUUAAAGGAUAAAGUACUAAACAUGUUGGAGAGAUAUUCAGUUGCUCUUAAAGCUCCAGAACAACAGAACAAGAGGAACAGCAUUAAACAUCAAUUAGAAUUGGAUGCUAAUUAAGUCGCCUAGGAAUAUUCAUAAAUUGUUGAUAAAUUUAACAACCCGGAUUUAUCAGCCAUUUCAAUUGCAGAUAGUACAAUACCAGAACAAUAAUUGACUUAGAUGUUUAAUCUUGUGGAAGAAUUCCUUACUAAAUUCAAGAAUAUAUCCUAAGUGCAAUAAGAGAAGUCUUAGUUGUUACGAUCGCGUAUUAAUGCAGGUGAAUCUCAACUUCACCCUUAAUCGAAUAAAGCAGCAGAAUCAGAGAAACAAUUCACAUUUCAAUCUAAUUAAUCUAGCAAGCAUUCAAGUCAAGCUGUUAAAAAUAAGGCUCAAGCUUAAUUUGCUCAAUCUUUAACAAUUGGAUAAUCCAAUUUGAGUUCGAAUCCUUAUUAAUAGACUUUCAGUAAAACCAAUGGAAGUCAGCAACAGAGUCCCACUAAAACUACUACAUAUUAAUCUGUCACUACUACUCUCCCUGCUUAUGAAUAGAAAUCAAUUCCUGCUCAAUAACCUAUAACUCAAUUAGACAUGACAGUUUAUACUUAGUUUCCAAAAAUGGAUGAUUCAUUUUAUGAUCAGAAACAAAUAUCUAUGCAAAGAAUUAAUUCUAAAUUAUAAACUUUGAAAUAAAAAUUACUAUAGGAACUCUAAAAGGAAAAUAUGCCAUAUACAUAAAAGAUAUUAGGGGAAAUGAUAUCCAGUCUAUAAGAAAUAAUCAAUACUCAAGAUUACUAAUUGGUCAAAACCAUUAUUUUUAGAAUAGAAUAAGGUAUUCAAUAGUUAUCAAACAAUAAGGAAGGUUCAAUUAAUCUUUAUAAAUAUAUCAAUAAGGCUUUGUUAAAUUCGAAAAUGAAAACAGAUUUGUUCACUCAAAGAGCCUCCAUGCCUGUACAUGCUCCGCCAGAACAACGUAAUAGUUCUACUACCAUGUCUUCACUAAAUAAUUAUUAAACUCCGGCAAAGAUAGAAAAUAGUAACACUAAAUUCACUCAAAAAAUAGAUAUUGAUCGCAAUUUCGAAAAAAAAGAAAGAGAUCAACGUCAUUUAGAGGAGCAUAAUAUUUAUUUUGAUUAAAGGUUAAGUAAUGUCAAUAAACCAGAUGUUCUAAAACCUAAAUAAUAGUAUGUAAAUUAAGUCACAUCUCCUAACUCUGGUUAUGAAUCUAGAGGGUCAGUCAAUUAUGAAAGGAAAUUGGAGGAUCAUAAACCAUAUUCUCAAGAUGCUCGUCUGAGUUAUUAAUUGUAAUUUGAAUCCAGACCUAGUAUAAAUUUAGAAUAGAGGUAUUCAAGCAAUGAUCCAAAAAAUAUUUAUUUUGCAACUGAAUAUCAGAGGAAAACAGAAUAAAGUUCCUUUUAGGAAUCCUAAAAAUUAAAUUAUGAAAGGAGAUCUGAAAUCUAAAGACCAUCUGAAAAUGCUUUAAGACUAUCUGAUAUGUAAAGACCAUCAGAAUAAACUAUGAAGAGAUUAUUUUUUGAUGCUGCCCUGACCUUGAAGAAUAAAUUGCCUUCCAAUCAUCCAGGAAGAAAUAUUAUGGUUUCAGAUCUCUAUGAAGAUUAUGUAAAAGUAGGUGGAGACAUGUAAAAGUUUAUAUAAUAAAAAUUUGAUUGUUAUUGA